AUGCGAUUACUCAAGAAGGCUCUUUUUGAAGUUAAUGAAGACGUCGCAAUCUCUAUUGAACCACCAUCGGAAACGGUCGCCGCCUCACCAACCAUAGUUGGCCCAGGUGCUCCAAUACAUCUUCUUGUGGUUGAUCCUCAAAAGAUACGCAGCAGAGGAGGUGAAAAGUUGAAGCUAAAAGCUCUGGGAUUAAUCUCGGGCAGAUCACAUGAGAUUUCCAUUGAUGUGAAACCGGACGGUCCCGUUACCGAAGGGAAUGUACCACCAUUUGAGAAGGAAAAUUAUGUGCUCAUCCUCGAGCACAACUUCAAAGAAGAAGAAAUUGCAAUUUUGAAGCUUGAAGCCGAUCCACCCUCGGGAACAAAGUUUACCCUAAUUGGUCCCAUAUCAGAACGAUUCACAGUUACUAAUCAAGGCCCGCUGGUUUAUUUGACUUUGAAUCCAUGCAAAGUUGAAUGCACUACACCAGAAGCAUUUACAUUACUUCUCAUCGCCACGUAUCAGGGCUCACAGCAAUACACAACGCUUAGUUUCACAAAUCCAGAUAAAGAGGAGUUCACUUUUCUGAACACACCUUACACAGCAAUUUUGGAAGAGGAGACUGGAGUAUUCAAAAAGGCUGUGAAAGUGAUGACAAAAGGUAAGGUAAAAUAUAAAACCGUUCAUAUUUACUGUGAAAUAACGUAAAA